AUGAAUAGUAGUAACAAUAGUAGUACAAACAGUAGUACAAAUAGUAGAACAAAUAGUAGUACCAAUAGUAGUACGAAUAGUAGUACAAAUAUUAGUACAAAUAGUAGUACAAAUAGUAGUACAAAUAGUAGUACAAAUAGUAGUACAAAUAGUAGUACAAAUAGUAGUACAAAUAGUAGUACAAAUAGUAGUACAAAUAGUAGUACAAAUAGUAGUACAAAUAGUAGUACAAAUAGUAGUACAAAUAGUAGUACAAAUAGUAGUACAAAUAGUAGUACAAAUAGUAGUACAAAUAGUAGUACAAAUAGUAGUACAAAUAGUAGUACAAAUAGUAGUACAAAUAGUAGUACAAAUAGUAGUACAAAUAGUAGUACAAAUAGUAGUACAAAUAGUAGUACAAAUAGUAGUACAAAUAGUAGUACAAAUAGUAGUACAAAUAGUAGUACAAAUAGUAGUACAAAUAGUAGUACAAAUAGUAGUACAAAUAGUAGUACAAAUAGUAGUACAAAUAGUAGUACAAAUAGUAGUACAAAUAGUAGUACAAAUAGUAGUACAAAUAGUAGUACAAAUAGUAGUACAAAUAGUAGUACAAAUAGUAGUACAAAUAGUAGUACAAAUAGUAGUACAAAUAGUAGUACAAAUAGUAGUACAAAUAGUAGUACAAAUAGUAGUACAAAUAGUAGUACAAAUAGUAGUACAAAUAGUAGUACAAAUAGUAGUACAAAUAGUAGUACAAAUAGUAGUACAAUUAAGAGUACAAUUAGUAGUACAAAUAGUAGUACAAAUAGUUGUACAAAUAAGGAAGAAUCAGAAGGAGAAUUAGAAGAAAAAUCAGAAAAAGAAUCAGAAGAAGAGUCAGAAGAAGAAUCGGAAAAAGAAUCAGAAGAAGAAUCAGAAAAAGCAUCAGAAAAAGAAUCAGAAGAAGAAUCAGAAGAAGAUUCAGAAGAAUUAAAAAAAGAAUCACAAGAAGAAUCAAAAGAAGAAUCAAAAGAAGGAUCAAAAGAAGAAUCAAUAGAAGAAUUAGGAGAAUAA